UUAGCGACGGGAGGAGGAGGAGGAGGCGGCGGGGAGAUCCCAACCGCGGCCUGUUCUCGUCCCGAGAGGAAUUUGACUGCAAGUCCUCCGUGAUCGAGACAGGCUUCACCGUUUCAAGUGGGUUUUUGGUUGCUGAGGUGAAGAUGGCAGAGGGGCUGUCCCGGAUCACAGGUCCCAUUCCCCCCGACCCCACCCUGUGCCCGGAUUACUACAGGCGCCCUCUCUCCGCCCGAGGGAGACUGGAAGGGAACUCUCUGAAGCUGGACCUGCUUCCCGGACCCAUUCCUCCAGAGUGCAGCCUGCACCCGACGUGUUACAGCGCUCGCCUCGCUCACCCUCCUCCCCGAAUCAAAGCCAAUGGCAAGGACAUUUGGGAGAGGGGUCAGCAGGGCACCGUGAGCGCUUUGCUGCAGCUGGACAGCAUCUCCUUCUCUCAGGAGCACACACCUCGACGAAGAGACCACAAGGACCACGAGAAGGAGAACCUGAAGCGCAUGAGGGAGAUUCAGAAGAAGUACCGAGAGAAAGAGCAGGCUCGGGAGCUCAACCAGCACAAGCCAGUCAAAGCCCUCUGGAAGUCCCAGAAAUACGAGAACGUGGAGUCCAAAGUGAAGAUGAAGUUGCAGGAAGGUCCUAUUUCCCCGAAUCCAGAGGCACAAAAAUACCUGAGAGCGUAUUCUCGCUGUGGCACAGGAAUCCACCCACGAAGGUCAGUGUCUCCAAACAAGACCCAGUCUGUGGGUAGAGCAGCUGCGCCAGAAGCACAAGGUGGUAAUGCCAAGGCCCAGGGAGGCAGCAAGGAGGUGGACUUUGUCAGCCACAAUGCCCAAAAUGCGAAGCGAGCUCAGUUGCGGCGCUCGCGCUCGUUGCAAUCGCUGACGGAAGUGCUGGAGCAGAGGCGCAAGGGGCAGGAGGAGUAUGACGCGAAGCAGAAGGGACACGUCCCCCGCUACCUGAUUGAGAGGAAGGAGCACUGGCGCAAGGAGGCGGAGGAGUACCAGCGCAGCAUGCCCGACCCUGCCAUGCCCCCUGGCCACGCCAUGAUGCCCGAGAGCCAGAGGCUGGACACACUCGACAAGUUGAAACAGAGCCAAGAGCAACUCCUGAAAGAUCUCUUGCUGCUUCCCGUGAGAGUCGACACUCUGAGUGUCCAAAACCGACGGGUUGCUCUAGAGAAGAAGCUGUCYCAGAUUGAAGAGGCGCUCAAGAUCUUCUCCCGGCCCAAAGUCUUCAUCAAGCUGGAUUCCUAGGCUGGGUCAGAAGGURCUCCCCUUCCCGACCUCCUUGUCUGAGCUGUAGUGGAGAGGAAGGGGGYAYYCCCCCCCCCCUUAUUCCUGAACUCAGCUAGAGUCUCUCUUUUACCUGAACACUCGUUAUUCCAGUGACUGAAACGUCAUUUGCUUACACUAGUGUCCACCUUUUUCUAAUGUAUUCCUCUCGCCAAGGGCUAGGAAGCCACAAAUGUCCAUCUCUAUAGGGGUGAAGAACAUCCAAGUUCUCUAGAUGGUGUUGAGCUCUCCUCAGUGGCAACCAGUGUGGCCACAGUCAGGGACCACAGGGGCAAAACUUCAGAAGCAAAUGGGUUAAGUUGACAGAAGCAAGCAAGGGGGUGGGGUGGAGACCCAAGGGAGAAUGUCCAUGGUCUCAGGAAUGUGACUCAAUGUUGGGAAAAUGUGGUAUCCUCAGCUUGACUGCCCGACAGCAGUAGUUUCACUUAGUGCCAAGAAAGAUCAGAACCCGUGCCCGGGGAAGCAAUUGCCCACAUUAUUAAAACUCUUGCUUUCAGGCCACGCAAGAGACAAACCGCUGGAUCUUAGAGGAGGAGUGCCUACAGUUCUACAUUGAGGGAUUGGGUGGUUUUAAAUAAAGCAGUUUGUAAGUAAA